GAGCCCCGCAGGAGAGCGGCCGAGGAACCCGUCCCCCCCGUCGCCACACCUCCCGGUUCAUUGCGGCUGAGACCAUGAGCCAGGCAGCGUGGGGAUAUUCCAAGGAAAACGGACCUGAGCACUGGCAUAAAAAUUACCCAUUUGCCAAAGGGAAUAACCAGUCACCUGUUGCGAUUCUUUCUAAAGAUGUACACAAAGAUCCUGUUCUACUGCCCUGGUUUACUGGUUAUGAUCCCGGUGCAGCUAAGUCCCUGAAGAACACUGGGAAAACAUGCCGGAUUGCCUUUGAUGAUAAAUUUGAUCGCUCUGUACUGAGGGGAGGACCACUUCCGGGGGUUUACAGGCUGCGCCAGCUACUCAUCCACUGGGGUUCAACAGACGAUAAAGGCUCAGAGCAUGUUGUGGAUGCCACAAGGUAUGCAGGAGAGAUUCACAUGGUGCACUGGUACUCCAAGUAUAGUAAUUAUGCUGAUGCUCUGAGAAAGCCUGAUGGUGCGGCUAUUAUUGCCAUCCUUUUGCAAAUAGGGAAAACUCCCAAGCCAGAGUUGAAAAGAAUUCUUGAAGAAAUCGAUGCUAUUAAGACAAAGGGAAAAGAAGUUCCUUUUCCAAACUUUGAUCCAUCCAUUCUUUUCCCUCAAAAUCGGAGUUAUUUUACCUACCAAGGCUCAUUCACUACACCUCCCUGUGAAGAGUGUGUUACCUGGAUUCUUCUGAAAGAGCCUAUAACUGUCAGUUCGGACCAGAUGUUAAAAUUGCGUAGCCUUUCUAGCAAUUCUGCAGAGGACCCCCACUGCCCUUUGGUGGACAACUGGCGGCCUCUUCAGCCUCUCAAUAACAGGAUGAUCCGAUCUCCAUGCCAAUAGAAUUUGAUGUCAAUCAUCUUCAUCUUGGAAGACCCAAGACCACAUUCGAGUCACAUACCAACUGAUGUUCUUCCUCUGGAUCUGUGCAGUUGAACCAUAAAUACUAAGCAAUUAAAUGGAUCAAGGUUACUAAAUGAAUCUAACCUGUCGAGGACAAAAACAUAUACGUAACUUUGCAAAAAUUCUAACCUCUGUAUUAAAAUGUUAGAUCUCUUUAUGUAAUCUUUGUUAAUGCAAGUAUUUUCAAAAAUAAUUAUAUGAUGCAAGAUGAUGACAACAACAACAUGUAGGUCUUCAAGGAUCUCUCUCUCUCUCUCUCAUUCUUCUGCCUCUCCCUACUUGCCCUCCCUUCCUCUCUCUCUCUCUCUCUCUCUCACACACACACACACACACAGAGCCAAACUGAUUUCUGCUAUCUUUUAUACCCCAUUAAUGAGGGAUGCUAG